AUGGCUUCCCUUUUGCAGAGUCUGUCGGACUUCCCAAGACGCCUGGCAACUUUCCUCGACAGACCAGGCUUCCCAUGGAAAGGGUUCAUUCUCGGCUUCUCCUUCGCCCAAUUCGCAUUCGAAGGGUUCUUGUCGCUGCGCCAGUACCAAGUGCUCCAACACAAGAAACCGCCGCGAGCGCUUGAAGAUGAAGUGACACAAGAUGUCUUCGACAAGAGCCAGGCGUAUGGGCGUGCCAAAGCAAAGUUCGGAGCUGUCUCCAAUUUCAUCUCCUUGGUGGAGAACACGGCAAUCAUCUACUACGACUUCCUACCGAGAUUAUGGGGUGUCACUGGGUUAUGGCUUGGUCGCUUUGCGCCAGCGCGGUUCUCCGGCGAGAUCUCCCAUACGCUGAUCUUCUUCUUCACGUUUAACCUCAUCACGACCAUUGUGAACCUGCCUACCUCCUACUAUAGCACGUUUGUUCUCGAGGAGAAGUUCGGCUUUAACAAGUCCACCGUCAAGCUAUGGGUGACGGAUAUGCUGAAAUCACAAGCUCUGAUGGUUGUUCUGGGCUCGCCGCUUCUAUCUGCGUUUUUGAAGAUCAUCCAAUCGACCGGGACCAAGUUCUUCUACUACCUGUGGCUCUUUGGCAUAGCGGUCCAGCUCUUCGCCAUCACCAUCUAUCCCAUCUUCAUCUUACCUCUCUUCAACAAGCUUUCGCCGCUGCAACCGGGUGAGCUUAAGACUGGGGUGGAGGCUCUGGCUCAGAAGUUAAAUUUUCCACUCAAAGAAAUGUAUGUAAUCGACGGAAGCAAAAGGAGUGCGCAUUCGAACGCGUACUUCUACGGCUUGCCAUGGAAGAAGCACAUUGUCAUCUAUGACACAUUGAUCGAGAAAAGUGAGACGCAAGAGGUAGUAGCUGUUCUUGGUCAUGAGCUGGGUCAUUGGAGUCUAAGCCACACAACAAAGCUCUUCGGCAUCGCCCAGUUCCACAUGUUCUAUAUCUUCGCGCUCUUCUCGAUCUUCAUUGACAAUCGUUCCCUGUACCAAGCCUUUGGUUUCCACAAAGAACACCCCAUCAUCAUUGGUUUCAUCCUCUUCUCCGACGCCCUCGCACCAAUGGACACAGUGGUAAAACUGCUGAUGAACAUCUUGAGCCGCAAGUUCGAAUUCGAGGCUGACGAAUUCGCCAUGAAGCUGGGCUACACCACCGAGCUCGCCAAGUCGCUGAUCAAGCUCCAGAUCCAAAAUUUGAGCACCAUGGAUGCCGAUUGGAUGUAUGCAAGCUAUCACUACUCUCACCCGAUUUUGUCGGAAAGGCUGGGUGCAUUGGGCUGGGCGAGCGCGAAGAAGGGAAGUGUGAGCAAGUCGGUGGAUGAGCAGAAGCCGUUGAAGACUGCGGAUCGGGAGUUGUAG